AUGUCCACCCAGAAUUCAUUCAUACAUCACCGCCAUACCUACUUGUACACAUUGUCCCCAAGUUUCAGUCAAGAUCCUGAGCCAAGAAGCACACUAACGCAAUAUGUAUAUAAAGAUGGGCACAGGUACCAGGACCGAAAUGACAUCAAAAGUAAAUCAUUGAUCGCCAUGAAAUUCUUCCCCGUGGCCCUCCUGGCGGCUACUGCUACAGCAAGUCUGUGCGUUGACUACCAGGCUGAGAACGAUCAGGUUCUGCUUGCAGUGCAGCCCUGUGAAGAGUCGGUCACUGCUGCGGAGUCCGAAAUGAGUAUUUUCAUUCGAGCAGCAGCCGGUCAGCCCGAAGCCAUUCUCGCCGAGUCUCUCAAAAAGAAACUUGACAUUGGUGACUUCGCUGGGUACCUGAGAACCAAACUGAGCUUCGAUACCGAUGAGCGUCCUGUCAAUGUGGCGUCUGCCUUUGCGAUUGUUCCUGAAGUGGAGCUAAAGAGCAUCAAGAAGUACGAGAUCCAGAACCCGUAUUCUCUUCAAAAACGUGGAGAGUGCAGUAUGUGGAGUCCCGGAAACUGUGGUCUUUCCGACGUCCAGACUAACUACUAUAGUAACUUCUACACUGUCCACGCAGACCCCAACCACCAGGUGUGUCUCGGUAUUUGCACGGACUACCUAUCGCACAUUUGGAAUGACGGGGUGCUCCAGGGCUCGUUCUACUACACCUACAACGGCUGUAAGUUCCGAAGCCAGAACAACUGGAACGGAAAAACCUGGAACUUCUGUCGAGUGGGCGCGUUCUACGUCAUGACCAAGUACGCCAUCUUCCCGACUUUGUACGCCAUAGAGCUCACUGGGUGGGUUGAUGGUGUCAAUUAUGUUUCUCCUCGAUUCUGUAUGUCUGCUCUUAACAGUUGCAACUCAGAUACGCCUUCCAAUGCAGACACUGUGUGUUAG